UCCAACACGAUCCUCUGGUACUUCUACAACUCGCCGUGGUUCGACCAGGGCUCCAACAACAACAGCCUGCUCCGCCAAGUCGGCGGCACGCCCCAGCAGGAGCUUCUCUUCAACAACCGGGUGGCCUUCGAGGAGCGCAUGCGCACAGACUACCCGUACGGCACGCAGUAUGUCGUUGCGUACGAGCCGAAGAACGAGGGCGAGCCGUGGGUGAUCCAGCGGCAGGAGAAGAGCGUGGACCAGGAGACGGGCAGGACGGCGAAGACCGAGGUCACGGCGACGUACUACACGCAGGGCACGCGCAUCUUCAUGGCGAAGAGCCUGCUCGACGUGCUGCAGACGCGCCUGCUGAGCGUGAGCACGCAGCUGCAGGACCUCAUGGAGCUGUCCCAGGGCCUGUCGCACUUCAGCCCCGCGACGGGACACACAUACGUGCCGCCGUCGUUCGACCUCGCAAAGGCCAGCAGCGCGAGCCGCGGCGGCAGUCGCGCAGGCAGCCGUACUGGCAGCCCCGUCCCAGACCAGUCGUCGCAGUCGCAGUCGCAGACGCAGCCCGGCGCGCAGCCCACCGCCGCGGACCCCUUCGAGACCUUCUCCGACGCCUUCUUCCUGCGCUCGCUCGACCGCACAGAAGCCUACUUCGAGGAGUACGUCGACGAGAACCCGCUGCAGGGCGAGCCGGGCUCCUUCGUGCUCACCCACAGCUGGCGCAACACGGUGACGCGGCGGGAAGAGGACAAGAAGCGCGCCGAGCAGGCCGCCGCGCAACAAGCUGCCGCCGCGCAGGCAGCCGCGCAGCCCACCCAGCUGUCCAUCUCCACGUCCCAGACCCAGAGCGGCCUCCAGUCCUCCACCUCGACCCCCAAACCCGCGACUCCCGCCACCGAGUCCUUCUCUCGCAAGGCCAGCAUAGCGUCACAGCCGAAGCCGGGCAAGGAGAAGCGCCGAAAGUCAAAGGGUCCCGGCAGCCUCGCAAGUCCGGUCACACCCACGGGUCCG